AUGGCGCUUAAUCCACAGUACGAUGAAAUUGGAAAAGGGUUUGUUCAGCAAUAUUACACAUUGUUCGAUGAUCCGGCACAGCGACCAAAUCUGGCAAAUAUGUACAAUGUCGAGACGUCGUUUAUGACCUUUGAAGGUGUUCAAUUACAAGGUGCUGUAAAAAUAAUGGAGAAACUAAACAGUCUUACAUUUCAAAAAAUUGGUAGACUUGUGACUUCUGUAGACUCACAACCUAUGUUUGAUGGUGGUGUCCUAAUUAAUGUUCUUGGCAGAUUGCAGACAGAUGAGGAUCAGCCACAUGCAUACUUCCAAACUUUUGUGUUGAAGCCCAUAGGAAACUCGUUCUAUGUAGAACAUGACAUGUUCAGGCUGGCACUUCAUGAUUGCGACGACGACCCACCACACCCUUACAUGCAGACGUUUGUUUUGAAGCCUCUCGGAGAUUCUUUCUUUGUACAGCACGACAUAUUCCGCCUCGGCAUCCACGACGUCGCC